AAACUUACAUUUCUCAGACGUGUCUUUUUUGGGAGGAGACUGGGGGAGAGCUCCUCCCAAUUUUUUCUACAUAAACAGUAGCCAGGGUUGAAUAGAUCAAACAUAAAAACUUGGGGAGAAAGAGAGAUGGCAGAAUUGUUCAUUAAGCAGGCAGAGCAGUACGCAGCAGGUCGGCCUACCUACCCUUCUGAAUUGUUUGAAUUCAUUGCUUCCAAGACACCCUGUAAACACCUUGCAUGGGACGUCGGCACCGGAAGCGGCCAGGCUGCUCGAUCUCUGGCUGGGAUCUAUACCAAUGUCAUUGCGACAGACACAAGCACAACACAGUUGAAUUUCGCACCAAAGCUACCCAAUGUAAGAUACCGGCAUACCUCUCCCACCAUGUCUGCAGUCGAGCUUGAACGAAAUGUUGCACCCCAAUCAAGUAUCGAUCUCGUGACAAUUGCUCAGGCCAUCCACUGGUUUGACCUCCCCAACUUCUACCAACACGUGAAAUGGGUACUCAAAAAACCACACGGCAUCAUAGCUGCAUGGUGCUACACAGUGGCAGAAGUUAAUGACUCAGUCGAUGCAUUAUUCCAACCCUUUUAUGACAUUGCUUCCGCCCCCUAUUGGGACCCUGUGCGUGAAUUGGUGGAUGAUAAGUAUAGGGGCAUCUAUUUUCCAUUUGAGCCGGUUGAAGGAGCAGAUCACACAGGGCCGUCUCAGUUUACAAGCAAAAGGCUUAUGAAUUUAGAUAAUUAUUUUACAUACAUUAGAUCAUGGUCAGCGUAUCAAACGGCAAGAGAGAAGGGUGUGGAGCUUUUGAGCGAUGCUGUGAUUGAGGAAUUUAAACGUGCUUGGAUUGAAGAUGGACAAGACCAGAAGGUUGUAAAGUUUCCUGUUUAUUUGAGGAUUGGAAGAGUGGGGAAUAUGUAAAUAAAAUCACUAACUUAGGCCAAUUUUGGCACAAGUUUUUCAAUCAUUUAUCGGCUAGUGAUUUUGGUAUAUACAAAAUAGUCUGCAUUGGUUUUGCUGUUCCAUUACUUCUAUAGAUAUGAAAAUUUCAC